UUUCUCUCUACAACCCACUCAAUUCUCCUCUGUUUUUUUUUGCUUCUCCUUCUCGAUUCUUCUUAUAGUUGCAGAUGGUAAUUCUACUGUAUCCCUAUCUAAUCCGUGAUUGUGGUUGAAAGUUGAGAUACCCAGUUUGACUUUCCCGUUGCUUAAUUAAUAACUCCUUGUUUGGUUCAACUGAAAAUUAACAGAAGCCGUACUUGAGCCCAAAUAAGAGUGAGAGAGAGAGAGAGUGAGAAAAAAUGGGGACUCGGAAUUUGGAGAAAAUGGCAUCGAUCGAUGCGCAGUUGAGGCUUUUGGCACCUAGGAAGGUUUCUGAAGAUGAUAAAUUGGUAGAGUAUGACGCUGUGUUGUUGGAUCGGUUUCUCGACAUUCUUCAGGAUUUACAUGGAGAAGGAAUUCGACAAACCUCUAAAAAUUGCUAUGAGCUGUCUGCUGAGUAUGAAAGGAAGCUAGACCCCCCGAAACUGGAGGAACUCAGGAGUGUGCUGACAAGUUUGGAUGCAGGAGAUUCUAUUGUAGUUGCUAAAUCUUUCACCCAUAUGCUUAACUUGGCCAAUUUGGCUGAGGAGGUCCAGAUAGCUUACCGCCACAGGAUUAAGUUAAAGAAAGGUGAUUUUUCUGACAAGGCAUCUGCAACAACUGAGUCAGACAUCGAAGAGACCCUCAUGAGGCUUGUGGUGCAAUUGAAGAAGUCCCCUGAAGAAGUUUUUGAUGCUUUAAAGAACCAGAUAGUAGAUUUAGUCCUUAUGGCACAUCCUAAUCAAUCAGUCCGAAGAUCUUUGCUUCAAAAACAUGCACGGAUUCGGAAUUGUUUGACCCAAUUGUACGCCAAGGACAUAACCCCUGAUGAUAAGCAGGAGCUUGAUGAGGCUCUACAGAGAGAGAUACAAGCUGCAUUUCAUAUUGAUGAAAACUGGAGGACAUCUCCAACUCCCCAAGAUGAGAUGAGGGCAGGAAUGAGCUACUUUCAUGAGACAAUCUGGAAAGGUGUCCCAAAAUUCUUACGCCGUGUUGACUCUGCUUUAAAGAACAUAGGCAUAAAUGAACAUGUCCCCUACAAUGCCCCUCUAAUUCAGUUCUCUUCUUGGAUGGGUGGCGAUCGUGAUGGGAAACCCAAGGUAACUCCAGAAGUUACAAGAGAUGUAUGUUUGUUGGCUAGGAUGAUGGCUGCUAAUUUGUACUUCUCGUAGAUAGAGGAUCUUAUGUUCGAGCUGUCAAUGUGGCGGUGUAGUGAUGAACUUCGUGCUCGCGCUAAUGAACUUCAUAGGUUGUCAAAGAGAGAUGCAAAGCAUUAUUGGUAGUUUUGGAAACAAAUUCCUCCAAAUGAGCCCUAUCAAGUUAUUCUAGGUGAGGUAAGGGACAAGCUGUAUCAUACAUGUGAACGUGCUCGCUAGUUAUUAGCCAAUGGCUUCUCUGAUAUUGCUGAGGAGACAACUUUUACACACGUUGAUCAGUUCCUGGAGCCUCUGGAACUAUGUCAUGGAUCGCUCUGUGCUUGUGGUGAUCGGCCAAUUGCCAAUGGAAGCCUUCUUGAUUUUUUACGGCAAGUCUCCACCUUCGGACUGUCUCUUGUGAGGCUUGACAUUCGGCAAGAAUCAGACAGGCAUACUUUUAUUUUCCAACACAUUGAUGUUAUAGACGCCAUUACCUGGCACCUAGAAAUCGGGUCCUACAGAGAAUGGCCUGAACAAAAAAGGCAGGAGUGGCUCUUAUCCGAACUCAGUGGCAAGUGUCCUCUUUUUGGUCCCGAUCUUCCCAAAACUGAAGAAGUCGCUGAUGUUUUGGACACUUUCCAUGUCAUUUCUCAACUCCCCUGAAAUCUCGAUAACUUUGGAGCCUACAUCAUUUCAAUGGUGACUGCACCGUCUGAUGUGCUAGCCGUGGAGCUUUUACAGCGCGAGUGCUGAGUCAAGCAGUUGUUAAGGGUGGUACCACUUUUUGAAAAACUUGUGGAUCUUGUAUCUGCGCCAGCUUCUUUGGCUCGUCUCUUCUUAAUUGAUUGGUAUAGGAACCGGAUCAAUGGAAAGCAAGAAGUCAUGAUUGGGUACUCGAAGUUGGGCAAGGAUGCCAGUCGUUUGUCUGCUGCUUGGCAUUUGUAUAAGGCCCAAGAGGAACUCAUAAAGGUGGCAAAGCAAUACGGGGUGAGGCUUACUAUGUGCCACGGUUGAGGAGGGACUGUUACAAGAGGAGGAUGUCCCACCCACCUAGCCAUAUUGUCCCAGCUACCAGAUAUGAUUCACGGGUCGCUUUGUGUGACGGUUCAGGGUGAAGUCAUUGAGCAAUCUUUCGGGGAGGAGCACUUAUGUUUUAGAACGCUCCAACGUUUCACAGCAGCGACACUAGUACAUGGAAUGCAUCCCCCAAUCUCGCCAAAGCCGGAGUGGUGUGCAGUAUUGGAUGAGAUGACAUUUGUUGCCACGAAGGAAUAUCGUUCUAUAGUUUUCCAGGAACCUCGUUUCAUCGAAUACUUCCACCUCGCAACACUAGAGACGGAGUAUGGUCAUAUGAACAUAGGAAGUCGUCCAUCAAAAAGGAACAUUGAAUCUCUCCGGGCAAUCCCCUGGAUCUUUGCUUGGACCCAAACGAGGUUUCACCUCCCGGUCAGGCUCAGUUUUGGAGCUGCAUUCAAGCAUGUCAUUGAGAAGGAUGUAAAAAAUCUCCCCAUGUUGAAGGAAAUGUACAACCAGUGGCCUUUCAUCAGAGUGACCAUUGACUUGGUUGAGAUGGUGUUUGCCAAAGGAAAUCCAAGGAUUGCUGCUUUGUAUGACAAGCUUCUAGUGUCGGAAGACUUGCGGCCAUUUGGAGAGACUUUGAGAGCAAACUACGAAGAAACCAAUUAUAAGAGCCUUCUCCUCCAGGUAAUACAAAGGAAAAUUACUGGAAUAGUGCAUCUAAAGAACUCUAAUACAUUGCAUUUGCAUCCGUGGACAGUGAUCCGAAGCAAAGGCUCCGUCUUCAUGAUGCAUACAUCACGAAGCGGAUUCGUGUGCUAGGCCUACACACUGAAGCGGAUUCGUGACUCCAGCUAUGAUGUGAAGGUGAGGCUGCAUCUAUCCAAGGACAUAACCGAAUCUAGCAAGCCCCAGACUGCAGAGCUAGUCAAGCUUAACCCCACUAGUGAAUACGCUCUCGGGCUUCAAGACACGCUUAUCUUGACCAUGAAGGGUGUAGCGGCAGGAAUGCAGAACACCAGUUAGGCGCCUGUUAUUUUCUUGUACAUUCUCCGUUCUUCUUACGACUCAAUGUGCUAGCCAUGGAGCUUUUACAGCGCGAGUGGCGAGUCAAGCUGUCCACAAUUUUUUAGGUCUCGUUUCGCUAAUGUUUUUAUUUUUUAAAUACUUAUUUCUCGUUUUACAAUACAAGUCAUUCUCUCAGUGGAACAGAGCCUUAACUACAAUAAUAAGUACACAAGAGAAGUACUAAUUAAAAGUUCAAUAACCCAUUACUUGGGCGUAGCUCACUUCUUCGACUCCCCCUCUCUUGUAUUUAGCCCUACCUCAUAAUGUGAGCGUUAAAUUAAAGUUCCUUUUCUGGCAAGCAGUCAUGUCCAUUUACAUAUUGCAUUAUCAAUAAAGGACACAACAAUUAAUUACCUACUUGCCCUUUUUAAUUUCUACACACAACCCACCAACCCUAUACAGUCAACUUUGUUGGCCUAGUGACUAUAAACAAGGUCUGGUCUGGUCUGGUCCAAUCCGGAGGGUUUGGCCAAGUGGUCUUGGCCUAGAAUUUAUGUGUUUGCUCCAUCUUAAGAUCUCAGGUUCGAUUCUCCUUGUCAAUAAUUUUUGGGGCCACCUCACCCCCACGCGUAAGUGUGUGAAAUGACUGUGGGAGAGGCUGUAGGGAUCAGUAUGAGGUGCGCGCAAACUGACCAGGGACACCCGACAUUUCAAAACAAAAAAAAAAGUCUGGUCCAAGAUAUUUGAACAAGAUAGCAUUUU